AUGCGACAGCAGCGCAAGAACUUACAGCCUAGCGAGCAGAAGCAGCCAAACUGGGCCCUGGCCCGACUAGAAGCGACAAGUCAUGGAGUCGCUGGUCUCCGUGGCUAUCGGCUCUUCAAGGGCCCCCUGGGCACCGGCAUCAGUCAGCGCCUUGGUGGCGGCGGGAGCUUGAGCAUGGGAGGUUUGAACAGCUUUGGAGGAUUCGGACACUCUGGUGGUGGCUUCGGCAGCGGUGGCUUCAGCACCGGCAGCUUCGGGGGAGGCGGUUUCGGUGGUGGAAGCUUCGGAGGCGGCGGCGGCAAGCGACAUCAAGUCUACAUUGUGGAAUAUGUCCGAACAAUCAGAAGCAUCUCAUUUGAGAUUGAUGAGCUCAAGCUAAUAUGUCAGCCGAGCAAGAAGGGCCACGGUUCUGGCUUCGGCAAGUCGUCAGGAGGAGGCUUCGGCACGGGGCCUAUCUAUAUCAUCCAGCAGAUUAGCGGCGGUGGGGGGUUCGGUGGAGCUGGUUUCGGCGCAGGGUGGAAGCCCGGGGGUAUGGGCGGAUUCGGUGGUGGUGGAUGGAAGGCCACUGGGGUGGUGGUGGUGGUGGGGUGGAAGGCGACUGGAGGUUCCGGUGGCGUGUGGAACAUGGGAGGUGGCUUCGGCGGCGGCUGGAAGUCGGCAGGUGGUGGAGUAGGAGGAGGAUGGAAGACUGGAGGUGGAGGAGGUAUGAGUGACACCUACGUAGUGAUCACCAGCAAAAACAGUGGUAGUGGAGGCAGCGGCUGGUGGUGA